UUGCGAUCAACAAAGACUGCACUGAUCAUGGAUGAAGUAGAUGGUAUGGCUGGUGGCGAUCGGGGUGGUAUCUCGGAGUUGAUAGAAGUCAUCAAACACACGCGCAUUCCCAUCAUAUGCAUCUGCAACGACCGAUAUUCACAAAAACUAAAGACUCUUGCAAACUAUUGUGUCGAUUUACCUUUCCAACGGCCAAAUAAGCUCCAGCUCCGAAAGUACUUGAAUCAAAUUGUAGCCUCACAACGCUUGGAUGUUGAUAGCGACGCAGUUGAUGCUCUCAUAGAAGCAAACAACAAUGACCUUCGAUCCAGUAUCAACCAGCUACAACUAUGGGGCAUGAGC